UUGGCCACAACAUGAGGGAAAUAUAGCGGUAUGCCUAAAAUGCGACCAAAUGGCUGUCAUCGCUUUUUAUGACAGAUGUUUUGCGUGAUCUGUCUGCUUUGUUAAUUUGUGCGCGAGUAAAGGCGGAAGUAAAGUUCUUAUCUCGAGUCUCUCGUUGUGAGGUGCCACGCGUUUUUGUCAACGUCGACAUCGUCGUUUGUAACAGCGCCCGUUCAAGGAAAUCCAUAGUGAGAGAAAAAAACAGAGUGAGAGAGCGAAGCACGGAAAGAAAGAGAACACGCUUCGUCAAAUGUCUUGCGGACGAAGUGGUUAGAUAUCUCCCUGGGGGAAAGCGAAAUAAAGAAGAAGAGAGAGAAGCAGAGUGAGAGGGAAAGCGAGAGCAAAAGCGAAAGAAAGAGACAAAAAUACAGAUAGACUCGGAGCCAGCUGGUCCUGUGGGUAAAGCCCAUCGUGGGCUAAACGAGGAAUUAUUCGCUGGUGUCGAUUGGUGGUAUUGGUGAAUAAAUAAAUAAUAUCACUUGAUCAGUUAACAGUCGUACGUCGAGCUAUCGAGAAUGGCAAAAACGUAUGACUAUUUAUUCAAAUUGCUGCUGAUCGGUGACUCCGGCGUGGGCAAGACUUGUGUGCUAUUUCGUUUUUCUGAAGACGCGUUCAACACGACCUUCAUCUCCACUAUUGGUAUUGACUUUAAGAUUCGCACUAUUGAAUUGGAUGGCAAGAAAAUUAAACUGCAGAUAUGGGAUACUGCUGGACAAGAAAGGUUUCGUACCAUUACCACGGCUUACUAUCGUGGAGCAAUGGGUAUCAUGUUGGUGUAUGAUGUCACAAAUGACAAAAGUUUUGAAAACAUUAAGAAUUGGAUUCGAAACAUAGAGGAGAAUGCAUCUGCAGAUGUGGAAAAAAUGUUGUUAGGUAAUAAGUGCGAGCUUACGGACAAGAGACAAGUUACUAAGGAAAGGGGCGAGCAAUUAGCUGUUGAAUAUGGCAUUAAAUUUAUGGAAACCUCGGCUAAAUCUAGUAUCAAUGUGGAAGAGGCUUUUUAUACCUUGGCUCGUGAUAUCAAAGCAAAAAUGGAAAAGAAAUUGAAGGAGGCAUCGAAUCCACCGAAAGGAGGUGGUCAUCAGUUGAAAGCUUUGGAACCACAGAGGAAACCACCCAGUUGGCUCGCUCGUUGUACUGUACUCUGACCCCCCAAAUAUACGCAACUGUACAACGAGGAGCAUCUAUUUACUAUCAUUAUUUACUUAUGUUCAUUUCGUCAAACAAAUCGGGUGUUUUGUGAAACUUUUCACAUCCCAAUCGUUGAGUUUAGUGGGUUUACUCCUUGAUAAUGAAAUAUACCCGUCGUACUAAAAGCUCGGAAAUUAUCCACAUAAAUGCAUUGUUUGCCGAAAAAACCCUCGGAGGAGAAAGUAUUAGAAUUUUUUAUUUUAUUAUAUAAGAAGCGUAUUGUUUUAGUUAAUACAUAACGAUUAGAAUUUGCUGCUCGCUCUAAUCUUGUUAAAUUCGAAAUGAUUGAAUAGAUUCAUGCGACAGUUUUGAUAAGUAAGCCAAUCGGGAUCUUUGAUAGGUACCCUUAUUUAUAUUUUAUUGUAUCAUUAAAGGAAAUUUAUGAAA